CCAAAACUUCGCGAGCAUGUCCAAUCAAAGUUAUUACGGCGGUGAUCAGCAACAACAGCAGCAAGGAUAUCAUUAUCAGGGGUACCAGAGUUAUAGCGAGUUCACUUCGCGACCGCAACAUGAGGGUGCUCAAUCGGGGUAUGAGCAGCAUAAUAAUCAGCAGUCGUACAGUGGACCUGCGAAUCAGCAAUACGGCGGUGAAAAUUUGUAUGGUGGAUCCCAGGUGAACAGUCAACACCACGAUUUUGGAGGAUAUGGUGACUCGUCUGGCUACAACCAGCAACAAGAAUGGCGCCCGGAGGACCAGCGACCAUAUCAUCAGAACCAACCCAGCUAUGGCGAACAUAAUCAGGGCUCCUCAGGAUAUGCGCCAGCAACUUCCGACUAUCCGCAAAACAGAGGCAACGAAUAUCCAGCAUACCCCAGCACUGUUCCGGCCGGAUACAGUAGCCAGCACCCCGACAGCGCUGCAAACUAUGGCAACCACUCACCCUACCCGCCAACCGGACCGCCAGCAUAUCCAGGUCCGGACACAUCUUCAUACCCCUUGACUCAACAACACCCCAGCCAACCCUACCCAGGCCAACCGCCAACCGCAGAAGAAGACCGCGGCUUAACGGGCGCGCUAGCCGGCGGCGCUCUCGGUGCCUACGGCGGGCACAAACUAAACCACGGUUUCAUCGGAGCAAUGGGGGGAGCCUACGCAGGCCACAAACUCCAAGACACCCUGUCCGAGGACAAGAAAAAGAAGAAGGCCGAGAAACUCGCAGCCGGCCGUCCGCACAGACGCGACAGCAGCUCCAGCUCUAGCUCCAGCUCCAGCGGUUCUAGUAGUGGAAGCAAUCAGCACCACGCCCAACAACAGUUCAGGGGCAAUUUCUCGGCGAGCAGUGAGGAUGUUUCGCUGGAUAAGGAUGGUAAUGAUUUGAUCGCUAGAUGUAGGAGUGUGGACGGCAGUCUUAAUUUUUCGAGUAUUUCUCUGAGUGAGGUAUUGACCAAUUCAGAUGGAAGGUUCAGGUGGCAAAGAAAUGGUGGGUUCAGGGCCAGCGCUCGGAAUGUGCAUCUAGUUGAUGGAGGACGGGUUUUGCGUGCUGAGUUGGGAGAUGGCAGGGGUGGGUGGAAUAGAGAUGAGGUCAGGCUGGAUGAGAUGAUUACGAACAACAAUGGUUCUCUUGAGUUUGUUGGUUGAGGGAGGGAUUAGCUCUCACCGGACAAGCUACUGGAGUCAGAAGGUAUCCGGCAAUCUCAUAAAUUGAAAUUGCCCACUUACAAUUUUAUAAGAGUUCUUGACUCUGGAGAUCCCUCACUGGAUCUUCCCAAGAUGUUGAUAUAAGGAUGACGGAGGUCCUGGGGUCAGCCCUCCCGACGAGAAGCCUUGGUGAUAGCUUCUGAGGUUCCAGAAGAGGAACACAAACCACUUAUAAACAACCUAGAUUCACGAUCUCGAGAACAUAAGAAAGAAGGUACAGAUGGAGAGUCUUGGUUGCUCAAUUGUAUGUUUUUCUGCUCGACUAAGAUAUAAAGGAGGGUUGUUAGUCUGGAUGCCCAAACUGAGUACGGAGAUACAAAGAAAACGGUUCAUGCAAAGCAGACAGAGCACUAACGCUCAAUCAGCC